GCACAUUCCCGGAGUUCCGAUCGCCCCGAGAUGUUUACUCUCUGGGCGGAGGGUGAGAAAGGAAAGCGAGAUGUUGCAAUCCACUCCCUCCACGUCAGCCAGCGGCGUCAGCUGAGCGAUUAGCUGGCGGACAUGGGUGGGGCAGAGGCAGGGCAGCGGGACAUGGAGCCGGUCCGCUCUGCCAGCCCUGACUCAGGUGCCUGCCGGCCGAGCUGCAUCUCCCGGCAGGAGAUGGCCACGUGCUCACUCGAAAACGAACCUGAAACCGAAGCCGCGCCAGGCCAGCGGGGUCAGGAUUCCCCGCUUGAAGUCAGAGGUGACUCACCGCUGACAGCCACCGACCUCGGCAGCUGACAAGUGGCCACAGAGAGGCAGAGGCGUGAGACGAGAGCACAGGAAGCAGGCAGCGCAGCUGAGCCUCCGGGGCAAGCAUGGCGAGCAGCAUGGAGGUGGUGGCCAUGGACUGUGAGAUGGUGGGGCUGGGGCCCAACAACGAGAGCGGCUUGGCCCGGUGCAGCCUCGUGGACAUCGAGGGCGCCGUGGUCUACGACAAGUUCAUCCGGCCCGAGGGGGAGAUCACCAAUUACAGAACCGCCGUCAGCGGGGUCACGGCCCGGCACAUGGAGAAGGCCACACCCUUCGCCGUGGCCAGGCUGGAGCUCAGCCACCACCCACCUGUGCUUCAGACAAACCUCUACUUGUCCCGCCUCCCUGCCCCUAAUCCUACCAUCCUGGCAGGCCCAGGCCAGAGGAGUCCCCACAAUUCAAACUGUCAGCACAAGAAGGAACUCAUGAGGAGACUGAGGUCCAGAGAGGGGCAGUGACUUGCCUAAGGACACACAGCAACUUGGGAUGCAACUUGGUGCACAGACUCAGUGCUCUCACCUGCAGACUAAUUACCCUUUUCUUUUCUUUCUUUCUUUUUUUUUAACUAACAGUACUUUUUAAUAGCUUGUAACUCACUUCUGUAAGUUAAUGCUCUUUUAAUGUUAGCCCAGUAUGGGGAGUAGCAUCUACCCCAUGAUGGGGAUUGGAGGGAUAAUUGCAUUUUUACUUUGCAAACAAGGGAACCGAAUCCUGUGGAGCAUCGUGGUUUAGGAGGGACACACGGAGGACACGAGGGAGGCCACGGUAGCUUGUGGACCGGAAGCUAUUUCAUAUGGAACCAGCACAGCAGCCCUCGCCUCGGUGGCGUGCCUUGUUGGGGGGCCACUGUUGGGCAGGUGCCUAUGGGCUCAGCCAGAUGGAGGACAAAUUCAGUAUCCAGGUUCCCCCAGGGUCAGCUGCCUCGUGAGGAGAAGACACAAGCAGGGGACAGGAAAGAGGAGGACAGGGCCCCUCCUGAAGAUGAGAGUAAAGGACCUGGGCCUCCACAAGGACAACAUUCUUACAGGCCCUGACAGCCACCUGUCCUGGCAGCCGGGAAUGGAUGAAUGGAUACACGAAUCAAUGGAGAGAUGGGAGAAUGGAUACAGGUAUUAAUGAAGGAAUGAAUGAAUGGGUACAGGAACUAAUGAAGGAAUGGAUGAAUGGACACAGGAACCAAUGAAGAAAUGGAGGAAUGGAUACAGGAACUAAUGAAGGAAUGGAUACAGGAAUUAGUGAAGGAAUCAAUGAAUGGAUACAGGAACUAAUGAAGGAAUGCAUACAGGAAUUAGUGAAGGAACCAAUGAAUGGAUACAGGAACUAAUGAAGGAAUGAAUGGAUGGAUACAGGAACCAAUGAAGGGAUGGAGGAAUGGAUAUAGGAACUAAUAAAGGAAUAGGUGAAUGGAUACAGGAACCAAUGAAGGAAUGGAUGAGUGGAUACAGGAACUAAUGAAGGAAUGGAGUAGAUACAGGAACCAAUGAAGGCAUGAAUACAGGAAUUAGUGAAGGAAUCAUGAAUGGAUACAGGAACUAAUGAAGGAAUGGAUACAGGAACUAAU